AUAUUAAUAGCCCUUUUCUUUUCUCACUCAGUUCCUCAGUUCAGUGGGUCUCAAUCAGGGGCCAAGUCAAACAUGAAAGGCGAUAAGGUGUUUAUUUUCGUCAUUUUUGUAUUAAUAUCGAUAAAUAUGUGCAGUUGUCAGAAAAAGGCGAAAAAAAAGCACGACAAGAAAAAGCUUCAACUCAAUACUCAUGACGGACGGAAAGUCGAGGUAACAAACUGGGGACAUUACGGAUGGAAAAGCGGGCAAGAAGUAGACGCGAAAAUCUUAAAGGAAAUACUUAAUGGCCUUGCAUUAUUUGAAAGAGGAGAAUUCUGUCCCUUUGGAGAGGGAAAAUGUGAAUCAGUAUCAGCUGUAUAUGUCUUAUCUAAAUUAAUAAAAGAGUUAUUGAAUAAAAAGGGUAAUGAUUGCAACGAAAAUGGAGAUUGUGACCCAGAUGAAAACGAGCAUAAAGAUCUCAAUAAUGCUACGAAAUUAUUAUCAGAAAAGUCCAAUAUUUCAAAAUCAGAACCCAUAGAAACAAAACUAAAAGAAGGGCAAGAAGAAUCUAAAUUGUUGAAAUUGUUAUUUGUCUCGAAUGAUUUUGAGAAAAAAAGAUUAUUAAAACGAAAAGGGUUAUUUUUGUAAACACUGAAUUUGUAUAAAAAAAGAACUAAAUAGUGUGUUCUUGCAAAAUACAUAACACAAAUGAUCCAUUCUUUAAAUCCUGUAUACUUUUCAUCUUUGCAUAUUUAAAUAAAUUGUUAUUGAAUAACACAUGAAACGAAGCAA